GGAAAUGAGCUCACUGGCGGGUGGGACUCGAGGAUGACAGUGCUGCAGUCUCCAACGUCGUCCAGACCGUUGCGUUGGCACUGGCAGUCGCCGAGCAAUGACUCGGAUAGUUGGGUACGUGUGAGUGCUCGAGGCGGAUACGGAGAACUCUUCAUGUCCGAAAGUUCCCCCGUCAAUGAACCGGAGCGCCUUACAUUGACUACUCCGACUAUCAACGGGCCCUCAAGGCUCGCAUUCAACCUCGUUACUGCUAUCAAAGUCGCGCGCGAUUUCGGUACCGACUUACCGCAGUCCAAUAAUUUGGCCGCGAGUAGUAGUACGCUUGGGUACGCUGUGUUUGGCGAGACGGAUACCAGCCCCGACGACAGCGCGCGGGAGAUGUUCGAGGUCCACUUUUGGGACGCCUUCAACUUCGACAAAAUGGCCCCAUGCCUCAUGCGCGAGGUCAACAGCACCACCCCGCCCCGGCAUGUCGUAUCAGUGCGCUCCAAAGGACGCGACUCAUGCGUUAGCAGCGCCUUGAUAGAGCAUAGAUUGCCAAAGGUGUCUGAAUACCUCGCCAGUGGGCGCGAGGCACUGCGCGAUGACUCACCAUAUGCCGAUUCACCAUAUGCCGCCCGACGCGGAGCGCCCCUGUACCCGGACUUGACAAUACUGAUCGCGAUGGGAUACAACUUGCAAGACGUCCACGCCCCGUUGGUCAUCUCCGAGGCGCACUUCAACCUCCGGUCGUAG